CGUGCGCACAUCGGGCCGCCCUCGCGCCCGCCUUCUCGCUUAGCUGCAGCGGUGGCGCCUGAGCAAGUCACUGACUGACUGGCGAACGCGCUACAGACGGGCGACGAAGCAGACCCGCGGCUGGACCAGAGGAGUAAGGGCAGCAAGAACCACCCGGCAACGAUGUCAGUAGAGCUGGAGACCUCAGAGGGGGUGGACGAGUCGGAGAAAAAGAGCUCCAGGGCUCCAGCAGGAGAAAACCACACCAGAAUGGCUGACCUCUCCGAGCUCCUGAAGGAAGGGACCAAGGAAGCACAUGACCGGGCAGAAAACACCCAGUUUGUCAAGGACUUCUUGAAAGGCAACAUCAGGAAGGAGCUGUUUAAGCUGGCCACUACUGCACUUUACUUCACAUACUCAGCCCUUGAGGAGGAGAUGGACCGCAACAAGGACCACCCUGCCUUCGCCCCCUUGUACUUCCCCAUGGAGCUGCACCGGAAGGAGGCGCUGAUCAAGGACAUGCUAUAUUUCUUUGGUGAGGACUGGGAUAAGCAGGUGCAGUGUUCAGAGGCUACCCAGAAGUACGUGGAGCGGAUCCACUAUGUGGGCCAGAAAGAGCCGGAGCUGCUGGUGGCCCAUGCCUACACCCGCUACAUGGGGGACCUCUCUGGGGGCCAGGUAUUAAAGAAGGUGGCCCAGCGGGCCCUGAAACUCCCCAGCACGGGGGAGGGGACCCAGUUCUAUCUGUUUGAGAACGUGGACAACGCGCAACAGUUCAAGCAGUUCUACCGGGCCAGGAUGAACGCCCUGGAGCUGAACCUGAAGACCAAAGAGAAGAUUGUGGAGGAGGCCAACAAGGCCUUCGAGUACAACAUGCAGAUAUUCAAUGAACUGGACCAGGCUGGCUCCUUGCUGGCCAAAGAGACCCUGGAGGAUGGGCUCCCCAUGCACAAUGGGAAAGGAGACGUGCGGAAAUGCCCCUACUACAUUGCUAAACAAGACAAAGGUGCCCUGGAGGGCAGCAGCUGCCCCUUCCGAACAGCCCUGUCUGUGCUGAGCAAGCCCAGCCUCCAGUUCAUUCUGGCCACCACUGUGGCCCUGGCUGCCGGCCUCCUGGCCUGGUACUAUGUGUGAAGGACCCAUCACAUCACAUUGGCGCCCUCCUCUCCAGUGACUGCUAGCCUGUCCCCAGCUCUACCUGUGAUGAAGCUACCACCUCGGGUGACUUUUUUUUUUAAUGCUGGGUUUGAGAAAACAACCAAUAAAAGCCAGACGCUAAAA